AGAGAAUUCAACAUUAACGAAUCAAUGGUGCGGAAGUGGAGGAAGCAACAAGACGACCUGCGCCAAGUAAAGAAGACUAAACAGAGUUUCCGAGGGAACAAAGCGAGAUGGCUGCAGUUGGAGGACAAACUCGAACAGUGGGUUGUUGAACAGAGAGCAGCGAGUAGAAGUGUCAGUACAAUCACUAUUCGAAUGAAGGCAACAGCGCUAGCAAGCGAACUUAACAUCGGUGAAUUUAAAGGCGGUGCUUCUUGGUGCUUUCGGUUUAUGAAAAGACGUAAUCUCUCCAUCCGCACACGAACUACUGUUUCACAGCAACUACCAGAAGACUACCAAGAAGAGCUGGCCACUUUCCGCGCAUGUUGCAAAAACAUCAACAUGGACGAGGUUCCACUCACCUUUGAUAUUCCUGUGAACCGCACUGAGGAUAAAACGGGAGCACGUACGUCUCUCCAUUCCCCUUCCACUCCCACUACUCUAAGUUUAUUCCAAGGAGGUGGUGAGAAGGCUGGGUCCACUCCGUUAAGUUCCUCCAUCAUUUCACAAGCUGCUUGCAGCCCCUCCAGCAGCAGCAGCAGCAGCAGUGACCUCCCAGUUAUUUCUGAUGUAUUCUCACUGUCAGUGACCCCCCAAAGGCGGAAACGGUCACAGCCUGUUACUCCACAAACAACACUGAAGAGACCAAGAGUAAAUGGCUUCCAUAGUAGCACCCCCACUACACCCUCAUCAGUAGAUGUGAGACCACUGAGCCCCAAGUCUGUGCCUCAUUUUAGUGAUGAUGAUGGUGAUACUAAAGUUGACACAAAUGAUGACAACAUUGUCAUCUUGGAGACUGCUAGUGCUCCCAAGCCAAAGAAACCCGUCGUUCAUCUUAAUCAAGUGAAGAAGGAGGAAGAGUCGAGUCAGAUUCCCAUCAGUAUGGAGUGUGGCAACGAUGCAGCUGUUGAUGCCACCUCAGAGAUAAAAGUUGAAGGAACGAGCUCUGCAGAGUCUGCUGCUGUGGAAAGCUGUCCUUCCCCAUCACUCCUUGAAGGACAGGCCAGCGCCACCACCCAGAAAGAAAUACGCCUGGUGAAGCAGGAAGUGGACAGCCAAAAUCAGACUGAAAGGGAGGAGGGAGCACCACAGAGUACGAGUGCAUGCAGUGCAGAGCAAAAGCUAAUUAAGCAGGAGAGCAGUGAAAACACUGGAGAGUGGGUGUUGCAGAAUAUGAUGAGAGAUCAUAGUCAGUCUGAGGUCAGUGUAAGGAAGGAGUUUGCUCACCAAGGAAGCCAGACAGAAGAAACAGAGGAAAAGAUCGACUACAAAAGUCUGUUUGAGAAGACCAAAAAGAAAGUCAAUGAACUCAUUAAGGAUAUUGAGGCCUUAUUUGAAGCUACUGAGAUGAAGCCCAACAGUGAGGAAGAAGACAGUGAUGAGAUUUCAAUGAUGUUUGGCCGUCUACUACAUGAACUGGAUGAAAGAAACCAGGAGAGGGAUGAACUACGCUCACAGCUGAACAGUCUGGAGGAUCGAAAUGCAAACCUAGAAGCCCAGCUGAACAGUCUGGAGGAUCGAAAUGCAAACCUGGAAGCCAAGUGUGAAUUGCUGAAGUUGAUUUUGCAGCAUCAACAGAAGGAAAAUUCAGGAGAAGGAAACGAGUCCAUGAGGGGAUGAUCAGACAUGUCCAGGGGAGGCAGGAAGUUUCAGCAGAGCGUAGGGCACCUUCUCGUCCCCUUCACGCCUACACUGAAGUGGCAGUGAAUGAAUCAUGAUGAGAUCCUAGAACAGGUUGUUUCUGACUCUGUCACAGCUCAGGUCAGACCAAGAAAUUCUAUUAUGUGAAUUUUCAGCUAAAAUUAAGAAAACAUUUGUCAGUGUGCUGAUAUAUAUAUGUAGACCUGGUUAUUCUUGAUUCGUGAAUGUAAUACAUGUAUCAGCUUUACAACAGUGGUGGAUAAUUUACUGCUUUAAUGCUGUACUUAAGGACAGCUUUGAGAUGUAAUAAAUACAUUUUACUUUGUAGUUAUCUUUUAUAUUAAAUUAUUUUAUGAGGUUUUAAUGUGUCAUGUUAUUUUUGGGCUUUUUUGGACUAUGAAUUCACUAUUUCAGAUUUAACAUAAUAAAAACAUUUUAUUAUUCCA